AUGCAUCACUGCAGGGUAGGAGCUGAUGGAUGGAUGGACUGCCACGGGACGUCCCACAUGAGGCACCAGCAGCGAGUGGGAGCAGAACAAGGGAAGCCCCGGUGGAGCCGUGGGACCGCGGAGGAGGUGGCUGCAGCCGAGGACACGCAGUGGAGUAGGAGGGAACAAAAAGGGAGGCAGAAGUACGGUGUAAAUGUUUUGGAAAUUGUGGACUUAUAUUAG